UGGAGCGCAGUUGGCAAGCGAACUGGAAACAGGUGGCUUAGGGAAGUGCACUUGAAGGCAACGUUGGCAUUACGGGGAAAGAUGUACGUGUUGACUUUGUUGAGUUUACUUACUGUGAAGACAGUCUUGGUCGGGAGCGCGGUAUUCCUGUUGGUGAUGUCAUUACUACAGAGGAAGAAGUACAAACUGCCGCCAGGACCUCCACAGCUGCCGAUAUUGGGGCACUACUUCGCAUUCAGAAACGAACCUCGAAGGUACGCUGUCUUCAACAAGCUCGGGGAGUCCUUUGAUGACAUUUUUACUGUUAAUUUAGGGUUUGGACGCUUGUUCGUUGUUCUAAAAUCUGCGGAGAGUGUUCAUGAGGCCAUGGUUGAGAAGAAAGAGAUAUUUGCGGGGAGAGAUGACGAGAGCUGGAAGUUUGAGCUUGCCACUGAAGGAUUCAGAGAUAUAGCAUUUGCCGACUAUGGUCCAGUGUGGAGACUACAGAGACAGAUGGCUUUGAAGGCUUUCAGGACCUACUUAGCAAGUGAUAAAUUGGAAGCAUUCACGAGAUCUGCUUUUGAUGAAGUUGCCAGCUUGAUUGAAAAGGAGACCGAGCCCUUUGACAUGGAUGUCCACAUUCGGUUACUUAUGUUCAGUAUCAUGAGCAGAAUGGCGUUUGGGAAAGGCUUCAAACUCAACGAUCCAGAUUUCGUCUUCGUGAAGGACAAAUUGGCGGAAAUCAACAGAAAACUAUUCUCAGGCCCCAUUGCCUCUGACGUCAUCCCCUUCUUGAAACAUUUGCCUAUCCCAUCAUCUCUCUUGGCGAAACGACUGAUGAAGGAACUGAUCGACUUCCACAAAGUCCAACUGGAACUCCACGAAACUUCUUUAAAUAAGGGUAACAUGAGGGACAUCACAGACCACCUUUUGCUGUUGAAGGAAGAAUUAACAGAUGAAAGUGAUGAUAAUGUUAGGGAGUCGCUUUCUGACACUAGAAUCCUCCAAACCAUGAUGGAUAUAUUUCUUGCUGGAACCCAGACCACAUCCGACACGUUGAAGUGGAUAAUAAUGUACGUGGCAGAUAAUCCGGAAGUUCAGGCAAAGAUACACAAGGAGUUGGACGGCUUGGGUAAACAUUACUAUGCAUGUGGUUAUUAA